CACGACUGCUCCUUUCACGCGCACUUCCCUUCAGCAACCGACAGACAAUUGGAAUCGCACACAAACUCUACAAAACACAUCACGACCAUGGCCGAUCGCUUCCCUUCGCUCGAGGAGUUUGACGAGGGCAAGACUGAGGCCACUGGCCCAUCAGCUCUUGACGCUAUCGACGAGCCCUCCGACUUCCUCGCUCGAGAACGCGCAGCCCUAGGCGACGACGCCGAGCAAUUCACAUCCUCCGCCGACAAUACCGCAACAGUCGCUGAUGGAGAUGACGACGAUGAUUUACUAGGUGGCGGAGGCAACACCAAUGGAUCAUCCGCUGUCCACAACGAUGAUAUGAUGGGCGACUUCGAGAGCUCCUUUCCGGCUGUCAGCAUGUCACAGAACGAACAAGUCGCGCCAGGCGGCACCAUCACAGGCUCAGCCGCCCCGUUCCAGGCACCACGGCCCGAAGAGUACGAGUCUGAACCAGACGUUGUUCGAGAAUGGCGUGAGCGACGCGAUUUGCAGAUUCAACAUCGCGACGAAGUCAGUGCGGGCAAGAAGGCUGAGACUGUCAAGGCUGCUCAGGAGGCUAUUGAUGACUUUUACGAGCAAUACAACAACAGAAAGGACAAACAGAUUGCGCAGACGCGGAAAGAGGCCGAGGAGUUCUUGAAGUCGAGAGAAGACACGACUGCAGGGGGUACGAGCUGGGAGAGGAUUGCCAAAUUGGUAGAUCUGAGUGGGAAGGGGUCAGCAGGAGGUGCUGCUGGGAGUGGGAAAGCAAAGAUGAGGGAGCUGUUGAUCAGCUUGAGGAAGGAUGAAAAGGCCCCUGGUGCUAUUGGAGUUUGAGGAGGUUGUCGAUAGACCCCGACGCGCGACUGUGAGGGAAUGAACGGCAUAGACAGCCUAAUCUCGACGAAGAGCUUGAUUGUCUACCAAUACCUGAAAUGUGCGUCUCAGGCAAGGAUAACGUUCAUAAAGCGGACGCGGUCCGUCCCAGAGUGCCUAGCUUGCUGGAGUACAUCGCAAACGUGGAGCUAUAUGAUACUAAUAAUCAGCGGGAAACACGAUUUGUAUGAUUGAGUAGGCCCAAUGAAGCUAAAGAGAGGAUGAAGCGUAGAUUGACUGGCACUUGAACAGGUUAUUCAAUGGAAGAGAAGAAGCACUACCAAGCAAGCGUUCAUUGACGCUUCUACGUGCCAGUCCCUAGAGGUUGCCGGUGACACUCUGAUACCAAGCGAGUUGCAGCGAAAUCUCAUCGCCGGCUUGCGGGCCUGUAUUGACCCUGACUUAAGAUUCUAUAUAGAAUCUACACGCGCCGUUGCCCGAGAGUCUCCCGAA